AUGUCGUUGCCUAUUUUUCUUUGCCAAUUUAUAGCAUUGACCUUGUUCAACUCUGAGGUGUGUCUGGCCGGGAAGAAGAUUCCAGCAAGUUUUGUGUUUGGAGAUUCAUUAGUGGAUGCCGGAAACAACAACUAUUUGACCACAUUGUCAAAGGCUAAUUAUGAUCCUAAUGGGAUCGAUUUUGGAUCGGCUACAGGAAGAUUCACAAACGGAAGAACCAUCGUCGAUAUCAUAAUUCAGGCAUUAGGUUCUGAAGAGCUAACUCCACCGUACUUAGCACCCACAACAAGAGGAUCCCUCAUUGUCAAAGGCGUCAAUUAUGCUUCCGGAGGAAGUGGAAUCCUUAACUCAACCGGAAAAUUAUUUGGUGAGCGGAUAAAUAUAGAUGCACAACUAGAAAACUUUGCAACCACUAGACAAGACAUCAUUUCUUGGAUCGGUGAACCUGCGACAGCUAAACUAUUCCGGUCAGCUAUUUUCUCGGUUACGACCGGUUCUAACGAUCUAAUCAAUAAUUAUUUCACACCCGUCGUAUCAACUGUUGAGCGGAAAGUUGUGCCUCCAGAAGACUUUGUUGAUACAAUGAUCUCAAGAUUCAGAUUACAACUCACCAGAUUGUACCAAUUGGGUGCAAGGAAAAUCGUGGUGAUUAAUGUAGGUCCGGUUGGUUGCAUACCAUUUUCAAGAGAGUCUGAUCCAACGGCUGGUAAUGAAUGCUCGGUCAAACCUAAUGAAGUGGCACAAAUGUAUAAUGUCCAGCUUAAAACAGUUGUGGAUGAUUUAAACGCUAGUCUUGAAGGUUCGAGAUUCGUAUAUGCAGAUGUUUUUAGAAUUUUUUAUGAUAUCAUCCAAAACUAUGCAUCUUACGGUUUUGAGAGUGAGAAGGUUCCAUGUUGUUCGCUGGUUGGGAAAGUAGGUGGGCUUAUACCAUGUGGAUCAUCUUCUAAAGUAUGCAUGGAUCGUUCUAAAUACGUAUUUUGGGAUCCUUACCAUCCUACAGAAACUGCUAACAUCAUCAUUGCCCGACGCCUCCUCUCCGGCGAUACCUCUGAUAUAUUUCCGAUUAAUAUUCGGCAACUCGCUAACCUUAAGCUGAACACAUAA